AUGGAGACUAUCAACGAGGCAUGCGACUUCAGGCCUGAAAUAGACGAUUCAUUGACCAUGGAGGGUAUUGUCAAUGAGUAUCAGGCACUUUUUUUCAAUGCCAGACUUAUGACUGUGGUUGGCAACGAUCUACUGGUAGGAACAAAGAAUUUUCAAUUGAAAUUUAUAAAAGAACAUGAGCAAUACCUGGAUGUGAGUAAUGAUGAUAAGGGGUUGAGUGGGUCCGUAAGGAUAUGCCAUAAUUUAAAGGAGCAGAGUAGUAUUGAUGAGAUAUAUAUAUUUAUACACGGUCUAGGCGGAAGUUUAGAACAAUUCCUACCAUUACUGAAAUUGACUGACUUAUCAAACAAAUCAUUCAUUGCAGUGGAUCUGCCUGGAUUUGGGCAAAGUGAGUUCAAUGAUGAAUACAAUAUUGCUAAUUAUUCAAUGUCAAGUAUAAUUGGUUUUCUAAAGAGUCAGGUGUUUUCUCGCUACCUAACCACUAAUACAAAAAUAAUUUUAACAGGACACUCUAUGGGUUGUUAUCUCGCAUUACAUUUCUAUCAGCAAUACAAGACUGAAUAUCAAAUCCAAAAAAUAGUAUUACUGGCACCACCGAAUCCUCACGAGACUAGAUUAGAUAAGUCAAAUUAUUCUACUAGGUUUAUAAUUAGAACAAUGUUCAGUUGGUCGUGGAUCUUCGAUUUUUACAGGAAAAGGUUCGAUCAAUCAAAAGGCCUUCAAUCUUCUGGUAUUAAAAGCUUCUUCCAUGAUAUCUCAUUUGAUAUAAUACCAGAAAACGUACAAAAUAUAUAUCUACGGCUAUUGCAAUUCUCACACAAUAUUCAAAUUAAGAGCAAGUCUUUAAUGGGAUACUUGUACGGGUGGGAUCCAAUCGAUUGGAACAAGAUUGUGAAACUUGCCAAUGAAGAUACAAAUUUAGAGAGUGUGAUCGCAUUAUGUGGCGUUAAUGAUAUGAUUACACCUUUAGAAUAUUCCAGAACUAUUAUUAAUAAGUUUAAAAAUAGUAAUUUACAGAUUGUAGGAACUAUUGAAAUUGAAGACUGCUCUCACAAUUUAUCUUUCGAUAAUCCCACAAAGGUGGCAACAGCUUUUUACGAUAACGUUCUUAAGAAAUAA